UGGGGCUCAGCCGCCCGCACCCGCUGCGCUGCGCUAGGGGAGGAGAGGGACCCCGGGCGUGAGCGGGACCUGCGGCCACAACUUCUGGUCCUCUCCCGCUCUCUUUCCAGUCUCUGUUCCCCAUCUUCUUACAGGCGCCCGCUCCUCCGGACUUUUCCCCCGGCAGGCUGCGAAGGGACCCACACUUCGGGGCCACUUGCCUCCUGGGGAGGGCGACUCUCCUCCCAUCCACUCAAGAUGCUCAGGGGUCCGGGACCCGGGCGGCUGCUGCUGCUGGCCGUCCUGUGCCUGGGGACAGCGGUGCGCUGCACCGAAGCCGGGAAGAGCAAGAGGCAGACUCAGCAAAUCGUGCAGCCUCAGUCCCCGGUGGCUGUCAGUCAAAGCAAGCCUGGUUGUUUUGACAAUGGGAAACACUACCAGAUAAACCAACAGUGGGAACGCACCUACCUAGGCAAUGCCUUGGUUUGUACCUGCUAUGGAGGAAGCCGAGGUUUUAACUGUGAGAGUAAACCUGAACCUGAAGAGACUUGCUUUGACAAAUACACCGGGAACACUUACAAAGUGGGUGACACUUAUGAGCGCCCUAAAGAUUCCAUGAUCUGGGACUGUACCUGCAUCGGGGCUGGGCGCGGGAGGAUCAGCUGUACCAUUGCAAAUCGCUGCCAUGAAGGGGGUCAGUCCUACAAGAUUGGUGACAAGUGGAGGAGGCCACAUGAGACUGGUGGUUACAUGUUAGAGUGUUUGUGUCUGGGAAAUGGCAAAGGAGAGUGGACCUGUAAACCUAUAGCCGAGAAAUGUUUUGAUCAUGCUGCUGGGACUUCCUAUGUCGUGGGCGAGACCUGGGAAAAACCCUACCAAGGCUGGAUGAUGGUGGACUGUACUUGUCUGGGCGAAGGCAGUGGGCGCAUCACCUGUACCUCCAGAAACCGGUGCAAUGAUCAGGACACCCGGACAUCCUAUAGAAUUGGAGACACAUGGAGCAAGAAGGACAACCGAGGAAACCUGCUCCAGUGCGUCUGCACAGGCAACGGCAGAGGGGAAUGGAAGUGCGAGCGGCACGCUCUCCAGAGCACUUCAGCUGGAUCUGGCUCCCCCACAGAUGUCCGAACAGCAGUUUACCAACCCCAGACUCACCUGCAGCCCGCUCCAUAUGGCCACUGUGUCACCGACAGCGGUGUGGUCUACUCGGUGGGGAUGCAGUGGCUGAAGUCACAGGGAAACAAGCAGAUGUUGUGCACUUGCCUGGGCAAUGGAGUCAGCUGCCAGGAGACAGCUGUGACCCAGACUUAUGGCGGCAAUUCAAAUGGGGAGCCCUGUGUCCUCCCAUUCACCUACAAUGGUAGGACCUUCUACUCCUGCACGGCGGAAGGGCGGCAAGAUGGACACCUGUGGUGCAGCACAACUUCAAACUAUGAGAAAGACCAGAAGUAUUCUUUCUGUACAGACCAUGCCGUUUUGGUUCAGACUCGAGGCGGAAAUUCCAAUGGUGCCUUGUGCCACUUCCCCUUCCUGUACAACAACCGCAAUUACACUGACUGUACUUCUGAGGGCAGGAGGGACAACAUGAAAUGGUGUGGAACAACCCAGAACUAUGACGUUGACCAGAAGUUUGGAUUCUGCCCUAUGGCUGCCCACGAGGAGAUCUGCACAACCAACGAAGGGGUCAUGUAUCGCAUUGGGGAUCAGUGGGAUAAGCAGCAUGAUUUGGGCCACAUGAUGAGGUGCACAUGUGUUGGUAACGGCCGUGGAGAAUGGUCCUGCAUCCCCUACUCUCAGCUUCGAGAUCAGUGCAUUGUUGAUGACAUCACUUACAACGUAAACGACACAUUCCACAAGCGUCACGAGGAGGGGCACAUGCUCAACUGCACCUGCUUCGGUCAGGGCCGGGGCAGAUGGAAGUGUGAUCCUAUUGACCAGUGCCAAGACUCAGAGAGCCGGACAUUUUACCAGAUUGGUGAUUCCUGGGAGAAGUUUGUGCAUGGUGUCAGAUACCAGUGCUACUGCUAUGGUCGUGGUAUUGGGGAGUGGCAUUGUCAACCUCUGCAGACAUACGCAGGCACAACUGGUCCUGUCCAAGUGAUUAUCACAGAGACGCCCAGCCAACCCAAUUCCCACCCCAUUCAGUGGAAUGCACCGGAGCCUUCUCACAUCACCAAGUACAUUCUUAGGUGGAGACCUAAAACCUCUGUGGGCCGCUGGAAGGAAGCCACCAUUCCAGGCCACCUCAAUUCCUAUACCAUCAAAGGCCUGACCCCAGGUGUGAUCUAUGAGGGUCAGCUCAUCAGCUUCCAGCAGUAUGGGCACAAAGAAGUGACACGUUUUGACUUCACCACCAGUGCCAGCACGCCUGUGACCAGCAACACGGUGACAGGAGAGACUGCGCCCUUUUCUCCCGUUGUGGCAACUUCUGAGUCUGUGACUGAAAUCACGGCCAGCAGCUUUGUGGUCUCAUGGGUCUCAGCUUCCGACACUGUGUCAGGAUUCCGGGUGGAGUAUGAGCUGAGCGAGGAGGGAGACGAGCCACAGUACCUUGAUCUUCCAAGCACGGCCACUUCUGUGAACAUCCCUGACCUGCUCCCAGGCAGGAAGUACAUCGUCAAUGUCUAUCAGAUAUCUGAAGAGGGAAAGCAGAGCUUGAUCCUGUCUACAUCCCAGACGACGGCACCUGAUGCCCCUCCAGACCCUACUGUGGACCAGGUUGAUGACACAUCAAUUGUCGUUCGGUGGAGCAGACCCCAGGCACCCAUCACAGGGUACAGAAUCGUCUAUUCACCGUCAGUAGAAGGCAGCAGCACAGAACUCAACCUUCCUGAAACCGCCAACUCCGUCACCCUCAGUGACCUACAGCCCGGUGUGCAGUACAACAUCACCAUCUAUGCAGUGGAGGAAAACCAAGAGAGCACGCCUGUGUUCAUUCAACAAGAGACUACCGGCACCCCACGAUCUGAUAAGGUUCCCCCUCCCCGGGAACUCCAGUUUGUGGAAGUGACAGAUGUGAAAGUCACCAUCAUGUGGACACCUCCUGAUAGUCUGGUGACUGGCUACCGUGUUGAUGUCCUCCCUGUCAACCUGCCUGGGGAACACGGGCAGAGGCUGCCUGUCAGCAGGAACACCUUUGCUGAAAUCACCGGGCUGACCCCUGGGGUCACAUACCAAUUCAGCGUCUAUGCUGUGAACCAAGGCAGGGAAAGCAAGCCUCUGACCGCACAACAGACCACCAAACUCGAUGCACCCACCAACCUCCAGUUUAUCAACGAAAAUGACAGAACUGUUUUGGUGACCUGGACCCCACCUCGGGCCCGGAUAGCGGGCUACCGGCUGACAGUGGGUCCGACUCGAGGGGGCCAGACCAAGCAGUAUAAUGUGGGACCCUCAGCCGCCAAGUAUCCCCUGAGAAAUCUGCAGCCUGGAUCUGAGUACACAGUGACCCUGGUGGCUGUGAAAGGCAACCAACAGAGCCCCAAAGCCACCGGAGUCUUCACUACCCUGCAGCCUACGCGCUCCAUUCCACCUUACAACACCGAGGUGACGGAUACGACCAUCGUGAUCACCUGGACCCCCGCUCCAAGAAUUGGCUUCAAGCUGGGUGUACGACCAAGCCAGGGAGGCGAAGCACCCCGAGAAGUGACUUCAGAAUCUGGAAGCAUCGUUGUGUCUGGCUUGACACCAGGCAUAGAGUAUACUUACACCAUCCAGGUCCUGAGAGAUGGCCAGGAGAGGGAUGCACCAAUUGUCAACAGAGUUGUGACGCCCUUGUCUCCGCCAACGAACUUGCACCUGGAGGCAAACCCUGACACUGGAGUGCUUACGGUCUCCUGGGAGAGGAGUGUCACCCCAGGCAUUACUGGCUACAGAAUAACCACAACCCCAAGUGGGCAGCAGGGAAGCACUCUGGAAGAAGUGGUCCAUGCCGACCAGAGCUCCUGCACUUUUGAAAACCUGAAUCCUGGCCUGGAGUACAAUGUCAGUGUUUACGCUGUCAAAAAUGACAAGGAAAGUGCCCCUAUCUCUGAUACCAUCAUCCCAGAGGUGCCCCAGCUCACUGACCUAAGCUUUGUUGAUAUAACCGAUUCAACCAUCGGCCUGAGGUGGACCCCGCUAAACUCUUCCACCAUUAUUGGGUACCGCAUCACAGUAGUUGCAACAGGAGAAGGUGUCCCUAUUUUUGAAGAUUUUGUGGACUCCUCAGUAGGAUACUACACAGUUACAGGGCUGGAACCCGGCAUUGACUAUGACAUCAGCGUUAUCACUCUCAUUAAUGGCGGAGAGAGUGCCCCUACUACACUGACACAGCAAACGGCUGUCCCUCCUCCCACUGAUCUUCGAUUCACCAACAUUGGUCCAGACACUAUGCGUGUCACUUGGGCCCCACCUCCGUCCAUCGAGCUAACCAACCUCUUGGUGCGCUACUCCCCUGUGAAGAACGAGGAGGACGUGGCGGAGCUGUCAAUUUCACCUUCAGACAAUGCAGUGGUUCUAACAAAUCUCCUUCCUGGGACUGAAUAUUUAGUCAGUGUCUCCAGUGUCUAUGAACAACACGAGAGCAUCCCUCUUCAAGGAAGACAGAAAACAGGUCUUGAUUCUCCAACUGGUUUUGAUUCUUCUGAUAUCACUGCCAACUCGUUCACUGUCCACUGGGUGGCCCCUCGAGCUCCCAUCACCGGCUACAUAAUUCGCCAUCAUGCCGAGCAGUCUGUUGGAAGACCUAGACAAGACCGAGUGCCUCCCUCUCGGAAUUCUAUCACCCUCACCAACCUCAACCCUGGUACUGAGUACAUUGUCAGCAUCAUUGCUGUUAAUGGCAGAGAGGAGAGCUCCCCUCUGAUUGGCCAGCAAUCAACAGUUUCUGACAUUCCGAGGGACCUGGAAGUCAUUGCCUCCACCCCUACCAGCCUGCUGAUCAGCUGGGAACCUCCUCCCGUCUCCGUACGCUAUUACAGAAUCACCUAUGGAGAGACAGGCGGAAACAGCCCUGUCCAGGAGUUCACUGUGCCUGGCAGCAAGUCCACAGCCACCAUCAACAACAUUAAACCCGGAGCAGAUUACACUAUCACCCUGUACGCUAUCACUGGCCGCGGGGACAGUCCAGCCAGCAGCAAGCCAGUUUCCAUCAAUUAUCGAACAGAAAUCGACAAGCCAUCCCAAAUGCAAGUGACUGAUGUUCAGGACAACAGCAUUAGUGUCAGGUGGCUGCCUUCAAGUUCUCCUGUGACGGGUUACAGAGUGACCACCAUUCCCAAAAAUGGCCCAGGACCAUCAAAAACUAAAACUGCUGGUCCAGAUCAAACAGAAAUGACUAUUGAAGGCUUGCAACCCACAGUGGAAUACGUGGUUAGUGUCUAUGCUCAGAACCAGAACGGAGAAAGCCAGCCCCUCGUUCAAACUGCAGUAACCAACAUUGAUCGCCCUAAAGGACUGGCAUUCACUGAUGUGGAUGUCGAUUCCAUCAAAAUUGCUUGGGAAAGCCCACAGGGGCAAGUUUCCAGGUACAGGGUGACCUACUCAAGCCCUGAGGAUGGAAUCCAUGAGCUUUUCCCUGCACCUGAUGGUGAAGAAGACACUGCAGAGCUACAAGGCCUCAGGCCGGGUUCUGAGUACACAGUCAGUGUGGUUGCCUUGCACGAUGAUAUGGAGAGCCAGCCCCUGAUUGGAAUCCAGUCCACAGCUAUUCCUGCUCCAACCAACCUGAAGUUCACUCAGGUGACACCCACCAGCUUCAGUGCCCAGUGGGUGGCACCCAAUGUUCAGCUCACUGGAUAUCGAGUACGGGUGACCCCGAAGGAGAAGACUGGACCGAUGAAGGAAAUCAACCUUUCUCCAGACAGCUCGUCUGUGGUUGUAUCCGGGCUCAUGGUGGCCACCAAAUAUGAAGUCAGUGUCUAUGCUCUCAAGGACACACUGACAAGCAGACCAGCUCAGGGAGUCAUCACAACUCUAGAGAAUGUCAGUCCUCCAAGAAGGGCCCGUGUCACAGAUGCUACAGAGACCACCAUCACUAUUAGCUGGCGAACAAAGACAGAGACAAUCACUGGCUUCCAAGUUGAUGCCAUCCCAGCCAAUGGCCAGCCCCCCAUUCAGAGGACCAUCAGCCCAGACAUCAGAACCUAUACCAUCACAGGUUUACAGCCAGGCACUGACUACAAGAUCCACCUGUACACUCUGAAUGACAAUGCCCGGAGCUCCCCUGUCAUCAUUGAUGCCUCCACUGCCAUUGAUGCACCAUCCAACCUGCGGUUCCUGGCCACCACACCCAACUCCUUGCUGGUAUCAUGGCAGGCGCCCCGUGCCAGGAUUACUGGCUACAUUAUCAAGUAUGAGAAGCCUGGAUCCCCUCCCAGAGAAGUGGUCCCUCGGCCCCGCCCUGGUGUCACAGAGGCCACCAUUACUGGUCUGGAGCCAGGAACUGAGUACACCAUCUAUGUCAUUGCCCUGAAGAACAACCAGAAGAGCGAGCCUCUGAUUGGAAGAAAAAAGACAGAUGAGCUUCCCCAACUGGUUACCCUUCCACACCCCAAUCUUCAUGGACCAGAGAUCCUGGAUGUUCCCUCCACAGUUCAAAAGACCCCCUUCGUCACCAACCCUGGGUAUGAGACUGAAAAUGGUAUACAGCUUCCUGGCACAACCCACCAACAACCCAGUGUUGGGCAACAAAUGAUCUUUGAGGAACAUGGCUUUAGGCGGACCACACCACCCACCGCGGCCACCCCCGUCAGGCUUAGGCCGAGACCAUACCCACCGAAUGUAGAUGAGGAGGUCCAAAUCGGUCAUGUUCCCAGGGGAGACGUAGACUACCACCUCUACCCUCACGUUCCGGGGCUCAAUCCAAAUGCCUCUACAGGACAAGAAGCUCUUUCUCAAACAACCAUCUCUUGGACGCCAUUCCAGGAGAGUUCUGAGUACAUCAUUUCAUGCCAUCCUGUUGGCACCGACGAGGAGCCCUUACAGUUCCAAGUUCCUGGAACGUCUACUAGUGCCACUCUGACUGGCCUUACCAAAGGGGUCACCUACAACAUCAUAGUUGAGGCACUGCAAAACCAGAGGAGGCACAAGGUUCGGGAAGAGGUUGUCACCGUGGGCAACACUGUCAAUGAAGGCCUGAACCAACCAACGGAUGACUCAUGCUUUGACCCUUACACAGUUUCCCAUUAUGCCAUUGGAGAGGAAUGGGAGCGACUGUCUGAUUCUGGCUUUAAGCUCACAUGCCAGUGCUUGGGCUUUGGCAGUGGUCAUUUCAGAUGUGAUUCAUCUAAAUGGUGCCAUGACAAUGGUGUGAACUACAAGAUUGGAGAGAAGUGGGAUCGCCAGGGAGAAAAUGGUCAGCGGAUGAGCUGCACGUGUCUCGGGAAUGGAAAGGGAGAAUUCAAGUGUGACCCCCAUGAAGCAACGUGCUAUGACGAUGGGAAGACCUACCACGUAGGAGAACAGUGGCAGAAAGAGUAUCUUGGAGCCAUUUGCUCCUGCACGUGUUUCGGGGGCCAGCGGGGCUGGCGCUGUGACAACUGCCGCAGACCUGGGGGUGAACCCAGUCCCGACGGCACCACCACCGGCCAUACCUACAACCAGUAUACUCAGAGAUACCACCAGAGAACAAACACUAAUGUUAAUUGCCCGAUUGAGUGCUUCAUGCCAUUAGACGUGCAAGCCGACAGAGACGACUCCAGAGAGUAACAUUUUCAACCCGGAAGAAGUGUCUCUCUCUGCCGAGGUCAAUCCACACCCGAGUGAUGUUAGCGGACCCUCCGUCUUUGAGUGUUCCUUUCUCCCUUAAGUCUUCUGCUCUGGGGGCAAGUUCUCAGCUUCAGCUCACCUCACAGCUUCUCUAAGCAUCAUCACCCUGGGGGAUGUUUUGAGACUUCUCUCACAAACAGGGCGGGUGAUUACCUUGUUUGCCCUGCAGGAGACGGUACCACCCAGUAUUGUUUAAGAGAAUCAAAGAUCCUUGUGAUUUGGUCUGGGAUCCAUAAGGAAACACCAGUAGCCAACCAAGAUGAAACACGUCUUGAAUGGUAGUACCCCAAAUCUGGAGUAGGGACGUUCCCCAAGCACUUUGGCUUUCUUUCUGUAACCAUAUGGCCUGCAGCGCUGUCAGGAGGCAUGUCCUGUAGCUGUGUGUUCAAACACCUCACAGUACUCACUCUGUCCCAACAAUUCUAAUUGCCUAGAAAUAUCCUUCUCUUACCUGUUAUUUAUCAAUUUUUCCCAGUAUUUUUAUACGGAAAAAAUUGUAUUGAAGACACUUAGUAUGCGGUUGAUGAGAGGAAUUCAGUAUAAUUAUGGUUGGUGGUUAUUUUUAUACUGUACAUGCCAACGCUUUACUACUGUGGAAAGACAAGUGUUUUAAUAAAAGAUUUACAUUCCA